AUGAUAGAAACCACCAGCAAUCUUGCAUUCAGCACUGCCGGCACGGGCGAUGCCGGGAGGAUUCAGCAGCUCAUCCAGUCUGCCUUUCGUGCUGAAGAUAACAGAGAAGGGUGGGUGGCCGACCUGGCCCUCAACUCGCGUUUCACCGUUGACAUUGGCCACAUUGAACAAACCAUUACGCAACCAGAAAGCGAUUUCUUGAUAGCGACCGACAGCAAUGGCAAAUUGGUGGCGACCGUCGGAGUAUCCAAGCGUGAACCUGGCUACGGCCGCAUUUUCAUGCUCGCUGUCGACCAACGAUCCCAAUGUGGUGGUCUGGGCCGGGAGGUCUUGACUUACGCCGAGAAAUACUGUCAGCAAAUUUGGGGCAUUUCGAAGCUCGGUCUAGAUGCACUAUCCACGCGCCAGGCCCUCAUCUCGUGGUAUCGCCGACGUGGAUACCUUCCAACUCAAGAGACAAAGCCUUUCCCACGUGAGAUGUACCCUGACUUGGCACUACCGGAGGACCUGUGCUUUGUGCAAUUCGAGAAAGAGAUCCAGGAAACCAUCGCUGCCUGA